GGAGAUCGAGCAGAGGAUGAUAAGGGAGCACCGGACGUUCAAUCGAAGCACCAGCAAGAAAGCGGAUCAAUGCGCGUGGAUGAGGCAUUUCAUCGAAGGGGACGGCGGUGACCUGGAGCACGUCGCGUUCUUGGCGCUGUGGCUGUCCCGGUUCGUGUUUCCUGGUCCUCCGAUCAAAACCGUGAAGCAGCACAUGCUUCCCAUUGCUGUUCGUUUGGCACGGGGAAUAAGGAUUGCCCUAGGCCCUUCUGUUCUAGCUAGCUUCUACCGGGACUUGAGGCUUGCCAAUGAGUACCUUGUCUUUCAAACCAGCCAAAAGGCCGACCCUUUAGUUUUGUGGGCGCCUUUAGAUUACCUCCAGGUCUGGUUGUGGGAGCAUUUCUUGGCUUUGAGGCCAGAUAAGCAGAACCUGAUCGAUAAUGGCGAACCUAGGAUAGCAAGGUGGCAUGAUGUGGGUAAGAAGUCAGAUUUCUCUCUUGUUGUUCAAGUUUUGGAGUCAUCGAAUUUUCUCUGGCACCCAUAUACCAUUAGCCUGGAGAAUUGGACCAGGCCAUCUUUCUACAGAGAUGAUGGUGUGUGGGUUCGAGGUGAAGAAGCAAAGAACGAAGAGGUUCGAACAUUUGCAAAGUGUUUAAAGGUUGCUGAGCUUGUUGGGGUAGACUGUGUGGAGCAGUAUCUGCCUCAUCGCGUGGCAAUGCAGUUUGGAUUGGAUCAGGAUUUACCUUGCCACUUUCCUCGUUAUAAUUCGGCAUGGGAAAUUGCUUGGGGGACUUACGAUAUCACUUCCAGAAAUUGCAGAUGGGUUUCAACCUCUAGUGUGAAAUUGCAGAUGGGUUUCGUGAGGUAUACAGGCUGCCAAAAUGGGAAUUUUACCUACUUCGAUUUAAAUCUAUUCACUGCAAUGUUUUAG